GUGUGGAAUGAGUGGUCAUCGUGGGGCUCAUGUUCCCAGUCCUGCUCUAACGGCACCAUGCAGCGCACACGGGAGUGUAACGGGCCCUCGUACGGGGGCUCCGAGUGCCGGGGGGAGUGGCGGGAGACCCGGAGCUGUUUCCUGGGAGAAUGUCCCGUGGACGGCCGGUGGCAGCCGUGGUCGUCGUGGGGGGGCUGUACCAAGACGUGUGGCGGGGGGGGGCAGCAGAGACAGAGGGUGUGUUUUGGACCGUUCCACGGGGGCCAGCCCUGCCCUGGGGACGCUGAGGAGAUCCGCCGCUGCAACGACAAGAGGUGUCCUGAGCCCCAUGAGAUCUGUGGGGAGGAUAACUUCUCUAACGUGGUGUGGAAGAUGACCCCUGCUGGAGACACAGCCGCUGUCCGCUGCCCCCCCAACGCCAUGGGGCUCAUCCUGCGCCGGUGCUCCCUGGAUGACCAGGGCAUCGCCUACUGGGAGAACCCCACGUACCUGAAGUGCAUCUCCAACGACUACCGCAGCAUCCAGACCCUGACCAGGGAGCACCUGCAGAAGGCCCAGCGGGGCUACGUGGGGGACGGCGUCUCCGAGGUGAUGACCAAGCUGAGGGUGACGUCCAGUGACGGGACGAGCUACAGCGGGGACCUGCUGGCCACCGUGGACGUGCUGAGGAACAUGACGGAGAUCUUCAGGAGGGUCUACAACAGUCCCAGCAGCGCUGACAUGAAGAACUUUGUCCAGUCUGUCAGCAACCUGCUGAUGGAUGAGAACAGGGAGAGAUGGGAGGAGGCCCAGCUGUUGGGUCCUAACAUAAAGGAACUAUUUCGUCUGGUGGAAGACUUUGUGGAUGUCAUCGGUCUAAGGAUGAAGGAUUUCCAGGACAUGUAUGAGGUCACCGAUAACCUAGUGCUGAGCAUCCACAAGCGUCCAGUGGCGGGCAAUGCAGACAUCACGUUCCCCAUGAAGGGCUGGCGGGGCAUGGUGGAGUGGGCCCGCAGCUCUGACGACAGGGUCACCGUCUCCAAGAACGUCCUCUCCACAGGACAGCAGCCUGACGCAGACGACUCCACGGCGUUCGUGACGGGGAUAGUGCUGUACAAGAACCUGGGCAGCAUCCUGUCCCUGGAGAGAAACAACACAGUGCUCAACUCCAGGGUGAUCGCAGUGACCAUCAAGCCGACCCCAGAGUCCCUCGCCACACCUGUGGAGGUCCAGUUUUCCCAUCUCCACAACCACACCACCAAUCAGACGUGCAUCUCCUGGGACGAGAGUGACAGCUCCUCGCUGCUCGGAUCCUGGUCAGCCAGAGGCUGCAGAGCCGUGCCGCUCGACUCAUUCAGAACCAAAUGCGUGUGUGACAGACUAUCUACCUUCGCCAUUUUAGCACGGCUAAAUCCUGACAUGGUAAGUCGGACACCUCCCUUGAUUCUCUGAUGUAUCAAAAAAGAC